ACAUAUAUAAGGUUGAGAAUACCUUAAUUUUAUAAAGCCAUAAAAUUUCAAGUUUAAGUUCCGACAAAGAUAGUUAAAAAAAGAGAAUGACAAUUGCCAAGAAAUCCAGUAAACUCUCGAGCAUCAAAGGUUGCAUCUUCACAUGUUGUCUAUCUUGACCUUGCUUUCUUGAAUUCAUGUACAUGCAUGAACUCCCCAGAAUUAGGUGUCUCUCCCUCUUACGCUUGAAGCCAACAACCACGCAGCAAUCCAACCAAAUUCUUGCCCAAUUGAUCAUUCAUGACCUCAAAUCACCUACCCUUUUGGCCAAGCUAAUACAGCAAUAUUGUUCUUUAUCAAGCAGACACCAAGCCCAGUUGAUAUUCACGCACUUUCACAACUCAAACCUGUUUCUCUUUAACACUUUGAUUAGGUGCACCCAACCUCGAGACUCCAUACAUAUUUUAACCAAUUGGAUUCCCAAUAAUGGCCUGGCUUUCGAUGAUUUUACUUAUCUUUAUUUUCUAGGUUCUUGUGCCAGAUCUCCUUCGUUGUCAACAUUAUGGCUGGGAAGACAAGUACAUGCACAAGCCCUCAAAUUUGGGUUUAUGUCAAAUAUUUUGCUGGCAACUACGUUGAUACAUUUCUAUGCCAAUAACAGGGAUGUUUAUUCAGCGAGAAAAGUGUUUGAUGAAAUGACUAAAAGAAGUGUGGUUACGUGGAAUGCAAUGAUAACGGGGUAUAGUUCACAGAAAGAGAAGGCCAAAGAAUGUGCUCAUGAUGCCCUCCUGUUGUUUAGAGACAUGGUGGUUGAUCUUUAUGGAGAGAAACCAAAUGAUAGGACCAUGGUUUGUGUUCUUUCUUCAAGUUCACAACUGGGGGUGCUUGAGAGUGGGGUUUGUAUUCAUGGUUAUAUAGAGAAGACUAUUCGUAAGCCUGAAAGUGAUGUUUUUAUUGGCACUGGUUUAGUUGAUAUGUAUUUAAAAUGUGGGUAUCUGGAUGGUGCUUUAAACAUCUUUUCAGAAAUGAGGGUGAAGAAUGUAUUGACUUGGACAGCAAUGGCUACUGGCUUAGCCAUUCAUGGUAAAGGGAAAGAAGCAUUAGAGCUCUUGGAUGUCAUGGCCGCAGGUGGUGUUAAACCUAAUGCAGUGACUUUCACUAGCUUAUUUUCAGCUUGUUGUCAUUCAUGCCUUGUUGAGGAGGGGCUUCAAUUGUUUCACAAUAUGGAGAGCAAAUUUGGUCUUGAACCUCAAAUACAGCACUAUGGUUGCGUUGUUGAUCUUCUCGGCAGAGCAGGGCACUUAAAAGAAGCAUACGAGUUCAUAGCAGGCAUGCCAGUUAAGCCAGAUGCUAUCUUGUGGAGGAGUCUAUUAAGUGCCUGUCAAAUUCAUGGGGACAUUGUGUUGGGUGAGAAAGUGGCAAAGGUGCUCCUCAACUCACAUCAAGAAAAGAAUUUUACCGUUUCGAAUUAUACAGGUGAGGACUAUGUAGCGUUGUCAAAUAUUUUUGCCUCAGCAGAAAGGUGGGAAGAGGUGGAGACGGUGAGAAAGGAAAUGAAGGUUAAGAGGAUAGAAACAAAUCCUGGUGCUAGUUCAGUUCAAGCCAUUAACGACCACCCUUUCGGAAUUUGAGUGUAGAAUGGAGUAUUAAUUGGGCAGGUGAUAAAAUUCAAGAUGUGAACAGUAGAAGAUAACUAAACGGGAAAUCAGAUGCAGAAACCGAUGAUGAAGAUAGAUGUAAGAUGUGCGUAAAGACAGUAGGAUCAGAAAGAGUAAGUGUGUGGCUAUAACAAUGUAAUGCAGGAAAGAAAGAUCUCACACUUGCUAUUCCCUCGAAAUUGCUUGUGUAAUAAAAGGAGUGAAUUCAUGCAAUGGUUCUAGGUUAUACAA